AUGUCAGGUGGCCAUGAAUAUACUGGAGCGAAUGGCUCGCGCGGCCUUGGAUCAAUCUCUGCAGCUCGAGGUCCCGGAUGCGCUUUGGCAGCGCCUGGCCACCAGGCUGCCUUCAUAGUGCAACCAGUGCUGGAGCGAACUAGUCCUGCAGAUGUUUGGGGCACCUGUUUAGCCGUCAUCUUCUCUCCAAAUUAUCUAUUGACCUCAUGUCCCUCUGCCCUAAAGUACGCUUGGAAUUUCCUCUUUCAUAGAAUCAACCAGCUCUUUCCAAUGAUUGAUCCAAAGUAA